GUAUCGUUGGGGUGGCGCACUGGUGCGCGUUAACUGGUUACCUCUUCUGUUACCGCUUGCUUCAACUACCAUUUUAUCACUCACGCAUAUAAUAUACUAUAUACAUAAUAUUAUAAUUAUUAAUUAUUUAUUAAUAAUUUUAAUUAUUAAUUAUCAACUAUAAUUCAAUAAUUAAUGUACUAUUUACUAUUGUACGAAUAUACGUGUAGUGAUAUACCUGGGUAGUGUUAAGAUGCAUUUAUAAAUUCGAUAUUUGUUUUAACAUGAUUCGACGCGGAAUGACUGUCUAAUUAAAUGUCACUUGACGAUUGCCUCUUAAGACUGAAAAAAAAUCUCGCUACUAUACUACGGCUGCUGAUGCUGGAGGAUCAGGACUAGAGACUUAAGAGCCGAGCUAGUUUAUUUAAUAAACUUUAUUCCGGUUCGUUACCAACGCACAAAAGUCUCUAGGAAUUGCCCGUCAUGUCUUGACAGAAUUGUCGUCGCCGCGUCUCAGAGGUUUGACUUUCUUAACACGAUGGCCGACAUUACAGAACCGGUUAAUGUUUUUUUAGAAACUAGCCAAGACUAUGUUAACGAUAAUGGUCAACCAAAUACGAUUGAUGUCCUCAUUUUUGACAACAAUCCUGUGCUACCGAAUAAUAUAUCUCAUUUAAAUAGCAACUCAUUAAGUAGCGACGAGGCUGAGAAUACACCAUUGCCGACGACUGAUAUAUCUCAUUUGAAUUGCAACUUGUUGAGUAACGACAAGGCUGUGAACAUACCACUUCCGGCUGAUACAUCUCAUCUUAAUAGUAACUUGUUGAGUAACAAUGAGGCUAUGAAUACACCACUGAUGUUUGAUACAUCUGAAGUAAAUAGUGACGAGGCUGUGAAUAUACCUCUGUUGUCUGAUACAUCUCAUUUAAACAGUGAUGAGGCUAAUAUACCUCUGCCGUCUGAUACAUCUCAUUUAAACAGCAACAAGCCUUUGAAUACGCCACUGCCGUCUGAUACAUCUAAUCUAAAUAGCAACUUGUUGAGUAGCGAUGAGGCUUUGAAUACACCACUGCUGUCUGAUACAUCUCAUUUAAAUAGCGACGAGGCUGUGAAUGCACCACUGCUGUCUGAUACAUCUCACUUAAAUAGUGACGAGGCUGUGAAUACGCCACUACCUUCUGAUACAUCUAAUCUAAAUAGCAACUUGUUGAGUAGUGAUGAGGCUUUGAAUACACAACUGCUGUCUGAUACAUCUCACUUAAAUAGUGACGAGGCUGUGAAUACGCCACUACCUUCUGAUACAUCUAAUCUAAAUAGCAACUUGUUGAGUAGCGAUGAGGCUUUGAAUACACCACUGCUGUCUGAUACAUCUCAUUUAAAUAGCGAUGAGGCUGUGAAUGCACCACUGCUGUCUGAUACAUCUCAUCAAAAUAACAACUUGUUGAGUAGUGAUGAGGCUUUGAAUACACCACUGAUGUCUGAUACAUCUCAUUUAAAUAUCGAUGAGGCUGUCAAUACACUAACUACUCCUUCCCUUCAAGAUUCACUUAAUGAUAUGGAUGUGGAUGUUUUUGAUUCAUUAUUAGACAAACCUGCUAGUACUAGUUCUAAGCAAAUCGAGGAUUACAAGAUUGGUGAUAUUGUUUGGGCUAAAAUUGGGAAGUAUCCAUAUUGGCCAAGCAUUGUCUGUAUUGACCCAACAUUGAAUAUUCAUUAUAAAGAAAAAAAGCGAUUAUUGAUACAUGUCCGCUUUUGUAAUGAUAAAGGAAGAAGAAGUUGGGCCACAACUACUGAAAGUUACAAUGGAAAAUGUGAAUUACUUUUAAAGUAUCCUAAUACUUUAACUUACUUUAAGAAUAGUAAAAAGCUUAUUGAUACGUGGGAAUUGGCAGUUGAAGAAGCUGAUAAUUUGAUGAAACUUGAUAGAGAAUUGAGAUUGAUAGAAUUUUUGAAAUCUUUUUGUAAUUCAGAUUCUGUAACUCCAUCUGUUUUAAAUAAAUCAUCUGAAGGCACUGUUGCUGCUUUAAAAGUACGUACUUAUUCAAGAAAGAGAUCCCUAACAGUUCCUGAACAAGAUAAUGAUUCCAAAAUAAUGAAGACUGAAAACAUAGCUAUGAAUUGUACAUCAUCAAGAUCAAUAGACAUUCCUCUACUGUCAAGAUCAGAUGAUGCGGAUAGUACUGUUUCUGAUUUUUCUAUGAGCUAUGCUUUUAUGGAAGACUUAGGUUUAAAAGUAAAACAGGAAACUGUAAAAAAAAGAAGAUCAACAAAAACGUAUCCACCAAAAAGUUCAGUUGCCAAUAAAUAUGAUUUAUCUUAUUCAAUAAUGAAUUCUCCAGAAAAUAAUGAUAGUAAUAGUGUAUCUGAUAAUCAAGAUAAAUACCCAGCUACAACCACAACAUCUUCUACUCGUACGGUACCUCAUCAUAGGAAACUUGAAAUAAGCAUAUUAGAAGGAGAAUAUGAUCAAGAUACUAUUAUUUUUCCAAGUUCUCGUCGUUCAAAAAAAAAAAGUACAAUUCAUAUAAAUACCAACUCAAAUAAAGAAAUCAAUUUAAUCAACGGUGAUCAUUCUAUACGUUUACAAAGUUCAUCCAAUUCUAAGAAAACAGUUACUAGAAAACAACUUAUUGAAAAAGAAAACUCUACUGGAAGAAAAUCUACUACAGUUAAACAUGAAAGUAGCCCAGAACCAGAUACGACAGAAAGUGAAGCUUCUUCAAAAAAUGAAACAUACAGUUCAGUUUUCUUAACUAGUUCACAAAACAAACAGCUUUUUACAAAAACCUGGAAAAGAGCUUGUGUAGUUUGUAAAAAUAUUAAGGACACAGUUAAAUGUUUGGGUCCAUGUCAAAGUUAUUUUCAUAAAGAAUGUUUAGAUAAAAGCGAGGAAAGAUAUAAUAAGACCAAAAGUAUACCAAUGAUUAAAACCAAAAUUAAAAAAACGUCUGGUCGCCGUAAAAGACAUUACUCAAAAAUCACACAGAAAAAUGAAGAUUCUAUUGUUGAUAAUUCUCAGCUUAUAAAUAACUUAGAAGAAGAAAACACUGCUAAAUUAUUUAAAAAAGACCAUGACGUUAAAUCUAAUGGCUUACGGACCUUAUCUCAAACCCAAUGUUCUAGUUAUACUAAUGAAGAAACCAUAUUGCUUAAUCAAUUUGAAUCGGAUGAACUAUUUAAAAAUGAUAGUUGCAUUCUUACUGAAAAUGAUAAUACUCAAAGUGAAUUAGAAAGUGUAAAUGGAGAUUCUAUUUCGGGAACGUCUGAAGAGAAAAAUGUUACUCCAACUGUACCAAUCAACAUUGAUGAAAAAAUAUCAUUAGACAAUUUAAAAUAUAUGUGCAGCCUAUGUAAAGCUGGUAAAACAAACUGUUUUGUGUGUGGCUUGGAUAUUGACGAUGCUGGACAAAAGAUUGUUUGUAAAAUAUCCAGCUGUGGAAAAUAUUUUCAUGAAUCUUGUUUAAAAGAUUGGCCUCAAUGUCAGUGGAUUCAAGGGUCACGGAACAAUGUCCGAUGUGUAGUAUGUCCACAUCAUGUUUGUCAUUUAUGCAUUUCGGAUAACCCUAAAAGUUCAUGUACAACUCAUUUUCCCGCUGAAAAAAUAACCCGGUGUAUAAAAUGCCCAACAGCCUAUCAUAGAAGUGAAUACUGUUUACCAGCUGGUUGUCAAGUCUUAACAUACAAUGAUAUUAUUUGCAGUCGACAUUUUGAACCCGUUAAAGUGCAAAUUUAUCAUUAUAAUGCUACAUGGUGUUUUAUUUGUGCAUUAGGAGGUGGUUCAUUAGUUUUCUGUGAUUUGUGUCCAUCAUCAUUCCACAUUGAUUGUUUAAAUCAGGACCCAUCAGAAUUUGAAGGUGGUUUUACUUGUGAAGAAUGUCAAACUGGACGAUAUCCUCUAUAUGGUGAAAUUGUAUGGGUUAAGAUUGGGAAUUAUAGGUGGUGGCCAGCUCAAAUUAUUUUUCCAAAUGAAGUUCCUGAUACUGUUAGUGCAAUAUCACAUUCUGUUGGACAAUUUGCUGUUCGAUUUUUUGGAACUUAUGAUUAUUAUUGGGUAAAUCGAGGACGAGUAUUUAACUUUCAUGAAGGGGAUGAUGAGAAUGUUUUAAGAAAAAAUAAUAUGAAGGUUAUAGAUAAAGUUUUUCAAGAUUCCAUUUUAGAAGCAGCUCAAGCCCAUAGUGCUUAUAUUUUAGAAAAGGAAAAAAAUGAUGCUAUAGUAGCAAAAUCUUUUACGAAGCCUCCAAAAUUUACAAGAAUAAAAUUCAACAAACCCAUUGGCAAUGUCAAAAAUAUGGAAUUCGAUAUUACCGCAAUGACUCCCUGUGAAUGUGAUCCGACAAAGCCAAAUCCAUGUGGUCCUGGUUCUGACUGUAUAAAUAGAAUGCUUAUGUUUGAAUGUGAACCAAAAGUAUGUCCUGCUGGAGACAAAUGUAAUAACCAAAGAUUUGAAAAAACGUUGUACCCUGCUAUGGUCCCCUUUUUGACAAAAGGUAGAGGUUGGGGUCUUAAGACAUUAGAAGAUAUAAAAGAAGGUUCAUUUGUGAUCGAGUAUGUCGGUGAUGUAAUCGAUGAAGAAGAAUUUCAAAGGAGAUGCUUGGAAAUGCAUCAAAGGAAUGAACAAAAUUAUUAUUUUUUGACUAUAGAUAAUUGUAGAACAAUUGACGCUGGGCCAAAAGGAAAUUUAUCAAGGUUUAUGAACCAUUCGUGUGAACCAAAUUGUGUAACCCAAAAAUGGACGGUGAAUGGAGAUACUAGGAUUGGACUUUUUGCUUUACAUGACAUUCCAACUGGUACAGAGCUGGUUUUUGAUUACCGUUUGCAGAGUUGCUCGGGUGUAGAGAAAAAACCUUGUCAAUGUGGAGCUACAAGAUGUUCUAAAUUUAUUGGAGUGAAAGUGGAAGAAGAGAAAAAGAAAGUUAUUUCAAGUAACGAUGUUGAUAAGUGCAAGGUUUCUUCAAAAAACAAACGAAAACCGUUAAAACUGAAGGAUAAUUUUUCUGAUUCAGACAAGUCAAAAUUAUCUAAAGUAAUUAGCAAUGAUCAAAAGAUCUCUACAACUGAAAAUAAGGUUGAAGCAUCUAAUGCUGAGAAAAUUGUACUUUCCAAAAAAUCCAAAUCAAAAACAUCUAUUGGCAAAUCAUCAACUACCUUAAAAAAUGCAAAUUCAGAAUUCUCAGAAACACCUGCUGUUGUAAAAGGGAAAUGGAAAAAUUCCGCUAGGAACAUCGCCAAUAUUACCAAAGAUGACAUUACAGUCGAUGAUUCUACGGAAUCCGAAAAAAAUGUUAGUUCAAAAAAAAAGCUAAAGAAUGGUUUGUCCACGCUUUCUUCGAGAAAACUUCUGAUAAAAGAUGAUACAUUGGAUACAGACAAUUCUGUUAUAGUGAAAAAAGAAAGAAAAUUCAACACUUAUAAAAAAAAGAAUCUGAUCAAACACAAUUUGUUACCUGUGCCAUCACCUAUCCUAACAGAGUUAUCAUCAGCUAAAACUUUAUAUUCUUCUGUAGAUAAAGGCAAUGAUAUUAAAUCUGACAAAUCAACAAGACCUCAAGAAAAGUCUCGGAAUAAUUUAACUAGACUGGCAAAAAGUAGACAUUUGUUUUUAUCCAAAAACGAUAUGAGUAAGGAGACAAAAGUACAGCCUGUUGUGUCAAAUAUAAAAUUCAACAAAGGAAAAAAAAAAUUGUCAAAAAUCAUAAAAAACAGUGAGGACAUUUUGUCGAGGAAAACUGUUGUCAUGAAGAAAACUAAAAUAAACAAAGACUUCUUACAGUCCAAAGCGUAUUACAAAAACAAUUCUUGUUUGAUUUGUGGAAAAGGACAUACAGAACUAUCAUGCAAAAACAAAAAGUGCCCCAGAGUCUUUCAUCUAAGUUGCAUUAACAAAACUAAAAUUGUAAAAUCCGGAUUUAUUUGCCCUUCUCAUUUCUGUUCUUUGUGCAACAAACGUAAGGUAGUUGCCAAAUGUAAAUUUUGUGUGGAAUCGUUUUGUGCUGUGCAUGUCAAAGGGAAUAUUUUUAAAGAUCCGCUGGGCAAUGGUAUGUUGUGCACUACUCAUCAUCCUAAAAAAAAAUGUUUGCCAAUCGUAAGUAAUCCAGUGAUUACUGACCUAAAUGCUAGUAGCAAAGUAAAUAUUAUCAAUAACAAUGUGGAACCCAUUGAUUUUGCGGAUCCCGGUUUUAAUAUUGCGAUAUCAGAAGACUUGGAAGGCAUUGAUGAUGAUUCAUUGAACAUUACUAUAGAUGGACUGAACGAAGAAGAAUAUACACGGUCACAGGUUGUCAAGGAUGAGUGCGAUCGUGAAUAUAUACAUAUUGGCGGGUUCAAUGUAUGCAAUAUGUCUGAUUUGGCCUCAGAUCGAAGAGAAAGUUACACGGCACCACUUGAUACAGAUGGUGAUCUAUUCAAGCCAUCAUUAGCCAAUGUUGUUAUUGACAUAGAGUCUGCAUCUGCGUUUUACCGGCCAAUGGACAACUUACAACUAGUGUCUAUUGCCACUGAUAAUAAAGAUAGCCUUGACUAUGCCAACAUAAAUUUCAUAACAGAUACCAAUCAAUCUAAAAACAAAUGGCUAGCAGCUGAACCUUAAAGUCAUCUAGUCAAGUGUCUGUUGUUUUGUUAAUCUUUUUACAAGAAAUAUUUAUUUAAUUCUUCCUUUUCAAAAACGUUAGUUACCUAAUUAGGAAUUUUAAUUAGUUUUGUUUUUAUUUUCAUCUAUUUUUUAUUAAAAAAACUAAUCAAACAUUUACCAUUUAUUUGGUAUAUUAGGUAUUAUGUAUGUUGUUAUCAAAGUUGUUAAAAAUUAAAAGAAGCAUUUAAAUAUUAUAUUUAUGCAUAUAUAUUGAAUAUAUAUAUAUGUAUAAUAUUGUUAGAUUGGGUAUUUUGGUAAAUGUAAUUUAAAUUAUUGGACGUGAUGUAUUAUAAUAUCAAUUAAUAUGUACAAAUUCAAGUUGUAAAAAAAUGUGUAAGAUUUUAGUUGUAUAACUUCCUUUUUUCAUUCUAUUAAACAUGUCAUGUUUUUUCGUUAAAUUCUAUAUUUUAAUUUAUAUAUACCUAUUAUAUUAAAGUUUUAAAAAACUGCAUUUGUAUU